UUGCACAGUUCUCUGUCGGUGUUCGGGCUUUCAUGUAAAGGUUACUCGCGUUCAUCUGGUCCAAACAAGAGGACAUUACAGGGCCGACAUCAGUCAGGAAAAGCACACGGGGAUAUCACUCGCUCACUUUGGAGAGGCGCGGAAAUGUUUUUUAAAUCGCUGGUAAGAAAUGGACUGCUUGCAUAUAAGCAGAAUAUUCCCACUGGACUGAAAUGCGUGACGGCGGCGUGUGUGAAUGUGGGAGUCUGGAGACGGGAGAGCUCGUCCACGGUCAUGGACACCAGCAAACUGAAGACGAUGGAAGACUUGGGCGGCCCCAGCUUUCUAAAAUCCCUCUACUGGCUUUUUGGCAAAGGCUACUUUCCGAUUACUCACCAAAUGCAGAUUGAGCACAGCAAAAUCUAUGGUCCUCUGUGGAAGUCCAAGUAUGGGCCAUUAGUGAUGGUGAAUGUGGCCAGAGCAGACCUCAUAGAGCAGGUACUGAGACAGGAGGGCCGUCACCCCAUUCGAACUGACAUGCCCCACUGGAGAGGAUACCGGGAGCUCCGCAACCAGGCCUAUGGCCCUCUCACAGGGAUGGGGGCAGAAUGGCAACGCAUCAGAAGCAUCUUGAACCCUCGCAUGUUGAAGCCCAAACAUGUGUCAGGUUACACUAACACCAUCAACGAGGUGGUAAGAGACUUCACAGAGAAGGUGGCUUGGCUAAGGGCAACAAAAGGCAAUGGCAUAAUGGUGCAUGACUUUGCUGGAGAACUCUACAAGUUUGCAUUUGAAGGGAUAUGCUCUGUGGUAUUUGAGACCCGACUCGGUUGUCUGAAUGAAGUGAUCCCUGAGGAAACACAGAAGUUCAUCUUUUCUGUGGGAGAAAUGUUCCGCCUUUCCCCCAUCAUUGUCCUUUUCCCGAAGUCUCUGUGGCCGUACAUGCCCUUUUGGAAGCACUUUGUAGCUGUAUGGGAUCACCUUUUCAAAGUUGCUGGUGAGCUAGUCCAGAAGAAGGUGGCAGAGAUUCAGGAAAAGGUGAAGCAGGGACUGCCAAUAGAUGGUGAGUAUCUGACUCACCUGCUGAUCAGUGAGCAGAUGACCCCCACCGAGGUGCUGGGAAGCAUCACUGAACUACUUCUGGCUGGGGUCGACACUACAUCCAACACUAUUUCCUGGACUUUGUACCAUUUGGCUCGAGAUCCCGAGGCCCAGCAGAGGCUCUACAAUGAAGUAAUCAGCAUUUGCCCAGGUGACAAGAUGACUUCCAGUGAAGACAUCAGCAAGAUGCCUUGGCUGAAGGCUGUGGUUAAAGAGACACUUCGGUUGUACCCUGUGGUGCCAGGGAAUGCUCGAAUCACUGCUGAAAAAGAAAUAGUGGUGGGAGAUCACCUCUUCCCUAAAAAUACUCUAUUCCACUUGUGCCACUAUGCAGUGUCCUAUGAUGAGAACAUAUUCCCAGAGGCACACACUUUUUCACCACAGCGCUGGAUGAGGGAUGAGAAGCAGUUAAACCUGCACCCAUUUGGCUCUGUUCCUUUUGGAUUCGGCACCCGCGCAUGCUUGGGAAGAAGAGUAGCUGAGCUGGAAAUGUAUCUCAUCCUGUCCCAGUUAAUUAAACACUAUGAAGUGCGACCAGAUCCCUCAGGAAAGACUGUGAAGCCGAUCACAAGAACUCUGCUAGUCCCAGCCACAUCGAUUGACCUUCAGUUUAUUGACCGGCAAGUCAGGCAGAAGAACCCAGCCAAAGCUGCUGCCUGAUAAUAUACAGGGAACCCUCGUGAAACUAUCAACAAACUAUUUUGGAGCAGUAUUUUACACUGUUGUAUUUUACUUAAUGUGGCUUCUAAUGCCUGGCUUUUACAAACAAUUAUUUUAUUAGUCAUAGACCAAAAGGUGUAGGUCUGUACACUGAAAUAUUGGUGUAUAAGGUAUUAAAUUAGUAUAAUGAAAUGAAUGCACUGCAAACUGGGUGUAAUUUUAUUAUUUAAAUAGCAUAAGAUUUUAACUGGAUUUUAAUCUGAUUUGUUUAACAGUUGGAAGUGCUAGUUCAACAUUUCUUUGCUAUAAUUAUGGGUUGAAAAAUAACUUUGCCCUGGAUUCCAUCUUAGUGGAUACAAUGGUGCCACCAUAAGAUCUAACAUGGAAAUACAAUCCAUACAGGAGGAAAUGCCAAAAGCAAGCAUGCACACUCAUUUUCUUUUUAUAUCUAUGAACUGCUCGUUGUAACUAAAUGCUCAAUGAUGUUUUGUACAACAAAAAAAUUUCUGUAAUAUAUUUCUGUAAAUUGUAAGAAACAUUUAAUCAGUGCCGUUUAAUCAGUAUGAUCAACACUGAGGAACAUUUGGGCUCUGGUGGUUGUAUUUUAAAAAAAUGUUUUUAAAAACACUUACUUAGCCAAAUAAGCACCAGUGGUCCAUCUGUAUAAGGUUGGUGCCAAUAAGCAUGCAGCCUUUUGCAGUGCCUUUAAUAGAAAUGUGCCAGAUUCCAAUAUUUUUGUAUGAUUUUGUGAUUUUACAGUACAUCCAGAAAGUAUUCACAGCGCUUCACUUUUCCCACAUUUUGUUAUGUUACAGCCUUAUUCCAAUAUGGAUUAAAUUCAUUAUUUCUCAAAUUUCUACAAACAAUACCCCAUAAUGACAACAUGAUAGAAGUUUGUUUGAAAUCUUUGCAAAUUUAUUAAAAAUAAAAAACAAAAAAAGCACAUGUACAUAAGUAUUCACAGCCUUUGCUCAAUACUUUGUUGUAGCACCUUUGGCACCAAUUACAGCCUCAAGUCUUUUAGAGAAUGAUGCUACAAGCUUAGCACACCUAUUUUUGGGCAGUUUCUCCCAUUCUUCUUUUGCAGGACCUCUCAAGCUCCAUCAGGUUGGAUGGGGAGCGUCGGUGCACAGCAAUUUUCAGAUCUCUCCAGAGAUGUUCAGUCGGGUUCAAGUCUGGGCUCUGGCUGGGCCACUCAAGGACAUUCACACAGUUGUCCUGUAGCCACUCCUUCGUUAUCUUGGCUGUGUGCUUAGGGUCGUUGUCCUGUUGGAAGAUGAACCUUCGCCCCAGCCUGAGGUCCAGAGCGCUCUGGAGCAGGUUUUCAUCAAGGAUGUCUGUGUACAUUGCUGCAUUCAUCUUUCCCUCGAUCCUGACUAGUCUCCCAGUUCCUGCCGCUGAAAAACAUCCCCACAGCAUGAUGCCGCCACCACCAUGCUUCACUGUAGGGAUGGUAUUGGCCAGGUGAUGAGUGGUGCCUGGUUUCCUCCAGACAUGAUGCUUGCCAUUCAUGCCAGAGAGUUCAAUCUUUGUUCAAUCUUUGGUCUGAGAGUCCUUCAGGUGCCUUUUGGCAAACUCCUGGCGGGUUGUCAUGUUCCUUUUACUGAGGAGUGGCUUCCAUCUGGCCACUCUACCAUACAGGCCUGAUUGGUGGAGUGCUGCAGAGAUGGUUGUUCUUCUGGAAGGUUCUCCUCUCUCCACAGAGACACGCUGGAGCUCUGUCAGAGUGACCUUCGAGUUUUUGGUCACCUCCCUGACUAAGGCCCUCCCCCCCCGAUCGCUCAGUUUGGCCGGGCGGCCAGCUCUAGGAAGAGUCCUGGUGGUUCCAAACUUCUUCCAUUUACAGAUGAUGGAGGCCACUGUGCUCAUUGAGACAUUCAAUGCUGCAGAAAUGUUUCUGUACCCUUCCCCAGAUCUGUGCCUCGAUACAAUCCUGUCUCAGUGGUCUACAGACAAUUCCUUGGACUUCAUGGUUUGGUUUGUGCUCUGGCAUGCAUUGUUAACUGUGGGACCUUAUAUAGACAGGUGUGUGCCUUUCCAAUUCAUGUCCAAUCAACUGAUUUUACUACAGUUGGACUCCAAUCAAGUUGUAAAAACAUCUCAAGGAUGAUCAGUGGAAACAGGAUGCACCUGAGCUCAAUUCUGAGUGUCAUGGCAAAGGCUGUGAAUACUUAUGUACAUGUGCUUUUUUUGUUUUUUAUUUUUAAUAAAUUUGCAAAGAUUUCAAACAAACUUCUUUCACAUUGUCAUUAUGGGGUAUUGUUUGUAGAAUUUUGAGGAAAAUAAUGAAUUUAAUCCAUUUUGGAAUAAGGCUGUAACAUAACAAAAUGUGGAAAAAGUGAAGCGCUGUGAAUACUUUCCGGAUGCACUUUAUAUGUGGUUUGACAGAUACCUGCUAUAGUCCUUUCAGAGGAAUUAUUGUGUGUUCUAUUCUAGGAUAAUUGUGUUCAGUUCAUCUAGUUAGCUAAGGUGAUUUAUUCACAGUGUUAAAAGAAUGUUUGUGUCUUGGAUUGAUGUAAACAAGUAAUGUAGAUAGGAUCUUGAACUGAUGUGAAUAAAUUGUCUUUCACAACAAAA